CAGCAAACUGAGCGACAACCUCGUACAACAGUUCCUCCUCCCAGACCAGACCCCUCCGAUCCUCGAGGCCGAGAUGUCCCUCCGGGCCGAGAAGCUGAUCAGCAACAGCAGGCAAGGCCGCAAUUCAGCCCAGUCGGACCACACGUCCUCGCCUCUGAGGCACAUCGUCAGCCCCGACCCCGCCAAUAGACCAGAAUCCAGACCAGCGGUAACACCGGAGCCGCCGCCAAAGCAGAAACAGGAUAUGACGUCACAGAAGGAGAGCACGAAGGUGCCGCAGGCUGAGCAGAAGAAGGAGGAGAGGAUAGAGAAGGUGCAGCAGGUGCAGAAGAAGGAGGAAGAGAUGGAGAAGAGGCAGGAACCAGAGGGACGGCAAGCAGAUGCAACCAUAACAGAGCAGGACAGGAGAGAGGUGAGGGAUGUUUGGUACGAAGCUGGAACUGUGUGGUUUGCCAACAAGGACGGUUUCAACCUCGCCACUCAGCUGAAGCCAGAUGAAGGGACACCUGAACUCCCAGAAGGCCGAGUGAGGGUCCGCCUGGAGACAGACGGGUCGCUGCAUGAUGUCACAGAAUAUGAAAUCGAGAAGUGUAACCCCUCAGAGCAGGAUCUCUGUGAGGACCUGAGCGACCUCCAGAGCGUGAACGAAUGCGGAGUCCUGCACACGCUGACCAGUCGAGUUAAAGCCAACAUGCCGCUCACAUUCGCAGGACCCAACUUGGUGAACUUCUGGCCUCCGUUACAGGCCCACAGCAAGACUCCAAAGUCCCGGCGAGGGGAGUCGGUGUGGGACGCUCCUCCGGCUCUGGCCGCUCUGGUCAAACGGGUGUAUGUGUCCGUGGUCGGCACCCGGAGAGACCACAGCGUGUGUGCGUUCGGGCGCAGCGGGACCGGCAAGACCACGGCAUGCCAAGCCUUCACGCAUGCUCUCCUCAAACAAGCCGGUACAACCAUGGAGAACAUCAGCGUGGAGCGCGUGCAGGCUAUGUUCACCAUCCUCAGGUCCUUUGGCUGCGUGAGCUCUCCGCACAGUGACGCUUCGUCUCGGUUCGCCAUGGUGUUCUCGCUGGACUUUAACCACGCCGGACAGGCUGCUGCUGGACACCUACAGACGAUGAUGUUGGACAAAUGGAAAGUGUGUCAGAAAACUCAGGGAGAGAGUAACUUCCUGGUUUUCUCUCACAUGCUGGCAGGAAUCAGCACAGAGAUGAGGACAGAGCUGCAGCUGCACCAGCUGCCUGAAUCCAACUCUUUUGGUAUUGUUCAUCCCACUAAGGUUGAGGAGAAGCAGCGAGCGUCCGUUGCCUUCACCAAGCUGCUGACUGCCAUGGAAACGCUGGGCUUCUCAGCCGGCGAGCAGAAGGCGAUAUGGCAUGUUCUGGCUGGUAUUUACCAUCUGGGGGCUGCCGGGGUCUGUAAAGUGGGCAGGAAACAGUUUGCAAAUUUCGACAGCGCUCAGGUGGCCAGCAGCGUGCUGGGCAGCGAGGGAGAGGACCUGCACACCGCCGUCUUCAAACAUCACCUCCGACAGCUGCUGCAGAGAGCCACCGGGGGCAGCAGAGAGAGGAACGCUGCAGCGGAGUCGGAGGAAGGUCCCAAGCUGACAGCUGUUCAGUGUGUUGCUGGGAUGGCUGCUGGACUCUAUGAAGAACUGUUCACCUCCAUAGUCUCACUCAUCAACAGGGCUCUGAGCGGUAAGCAGCUGACGUUAGCCUCCGUGAUGGUGGUGGACACGCCGGGCCUGAGGAACCCCAGACAUACCGCGGAGGAACGAGGAGGCAGCUGGUCCGAGCUCUGCCACAACUACCUGCAGGAGAGGCUGCUGGAGCAUUACCACACACACACCUUCACACACACGCUGGAGAGAUACGUACAGGAGAAGGUUCAUGUGGACUUUGAGUGUCCGGAGAGCAGCCCGGCGGAGGUGGUGUCUGCCAUCGACCAGCCGCCUCCACAGAUCCGGGCGGCAGAUGGAGACCCUAGAGGUCUUUUAUGGGUUCUGGAUGAGGAGAUGGUCACACCAGCCUCCAGUGAGAACGGCGCCCUGGAGAGAGUCUGCCAGUAUUACAGCAGCACUGUACGUCAGUGCGAGCAGCCGCUACAGUGUGAGGUGAACCACCUGAUGGGCCGUGACCCGGUCCGCUACGACCUGACUGGAUGGUUCAGUCUGAUCCAGAACAACCCGUCUGCUGUCAACGCCAUCUGUCUGCUCCAGAACUCCACCAUAGGGGUGGUGAAGGCCAUGUUUACCCCAAAAAUCUCUGUGCCCCCCAUGUGUCGAGGUCUGGGGGGGCUGGAGGGCAGCAGCCAGCGCUCUCUGCAGAGGAACGGCACCAUCAGGAAAACCUUCAGCGGGGGGAUGGCGGCCAUACGCAGACACUCCCAAAGUAUCGCAGUGAAACUACAGGCCGACGCUCUGGUGAAUCUGAUUCGUCGAGCCCGGCCGGUGUUCCUGCAGUGUGUAAGUGCGAAGACCGACGGCGGAAGCUUUGAUGUCCCGGCCCUCAGAGUCCAGCUGCACUCCACACAGAUCCUGUCGUCCCUGCAGCUCUACCGCACAGGUUAUCCGGAGCACAUGACUCUGAGUGACUUCAGGUGUCAUUUCCAGGCUUUGUCUCCUCCGAUAAUGAAACGUUACGCUUCCAUGUUCGUCAGCCACGACGAGAGAAAGGCGGUGGAGGAGCUGCUGGUGGAGUUGGAUCUGGAUAAAAAGAGCGUCGUAGUGGGAGCCAGCAGGGUGUUUAUGAAGCGAGGUGUGCUGCGUUACCUGGAGCAGCAGAGGGAUCAGCAGGUCACCGGCUGGCUCGUUUAUCUACAGGCCUCCUGCAUGGGACACCUGGCCCGACAGAAAUACCGCAAACUCAAGGUGCAGCAGAUGGCAGUCAGGUGUCUGCAGAGGAACCUGAGGGCUAUGAGGGUCGUGGCCAAGUGGAGCUGGUGGAAACUUUUCUGCCGAGUUCGUCCCAUGCUGGCCGUCAACAUGGACAAUAUGAGGCUCAGGGCUAAAGAGGAUGAGAUAUCAGCACUGAGACGCCGUCUGGAGAAAUCAGAGAAAGAGAGGAAUGAGCUGAGGCAGACUGCAGACAGCCUGGAGACCAAGGUUACAGCUGUGACAUCUGAGCUAAGCGAUGAGCGUUUCCGUGGUGACGCGGUGGGUCAGGCUCUGGAUGUGGAGAGGGCAGAGAGACUUCGGCUCAGCAGGGAGAACAAAGACCUGCAGGCUCGUCUAGACCAGUGUAAAGUCACCAUGGAAACCCUGGAGAAGCAGCUGGAGGAGGAGAAACAGAAAGCCCAGAUCGCUGAGAGUCACAGAGGAGCAGGGACAGAAAGUGAGCUGGCCAUGCAGCUGGAGUGCUGCCAGACAGAGGUUGAGUUUGUCCGCAGACGGCUGAAGCAGACGGAGGAAAAACUGGAGGCAGAGCGACAAACCCGACAACAGCUCGAUACCAAGGUGGCUGCGUUACAGGCCCAGCUGGAGCAGUCCAGAAGGAGUGGGACAGAACUGAAACGACACUGUCGCCGCGUGACCUCUGACCUCCAGGACGCCCGAGUCCUCACCGACAGUCUGCAGAGCCGGAUGCAUGAACUGGACCGCAAACAGAGAAGGUUUGACAGUGAGCUGACGCAGGCCCUGGAGGAAGCCGACAAUGAGAGAGAGCAAAAGGACAAAGCGUUUCAGGAAAACACGGCUCUGGGGGCUGAAAUAUACGCCCUGCGCCGCAACCUGCAGGAGAGCCAGUCAGAGGUGGACCGUCUGCAGAAGCAGAAAGAGGAGUUGUGUGCUCAGAUCCGUGAUCUCAGUCUGCCGGUUGACCUCGCCGCAGAUUCACUACCUGACCUCAAGAAACAGCUUCGCCUCCUGGAGAGCCAGGCCAGCGAGAGAGCGGAGGAAGUCACCAAGCUCACUGCCAAAAUACAACAGCAGCAACAGAUCCACAUGCGUUUUGAGAUGGAGAUGGAGAGGAUGAAGCAGAUCCAUCAGAAAGAGUUGGAGGAUAAAGACGAGGAGUUAGAGGAUGUACACAAGUCCUCUCAGAGACGACUGAGACAAUUGGAGAUGCAGUUGGAGCAAGAGUACGAAGAGAAACAGAUGGUGAUUCAUGAAAAGCACGACUUGGAAGGACUCAUUGCAACUCUGUGUGACCAGGUGGGGCACAGAGACUUCGAUGUGGAAAAGAAGCUGAGGAGAGACCUGAAGAGGACUCAUGCUCUGCUGGCUGACGCCCAGCUGCUGCUCUCCACCAUCGACAACCCGGGCCAGAACCUUCCCAACGGCAGCAAGGAGCAGAUAGAGCGCCUGCACUGCCAGCUUGAGGAGAGCGAAGCGAGGCGCCUCGAGGCUGAGAGCAUCCAGACGACGCUCUCCCAGGAGCUGGAGAACACUCAGAUUGAACUGGAGAAUAUCUGCAAGCAUAAGAGUAUGGUGGAUGAGCAGUUAGCCUUGCUGCAGCAUGAAAAGGUGGAUUUGCUGAAGAGGCUCGAGGAGGACCAGGAAGACCUCAAUGAGCUUAUGAAGAAGCACAAAGCGCUCAUCGCACAGUCCUCCAACGACAUCUCACAGAUCAGAGAGCUACAAGCCGAACUAGAGGAGCUGAAGAAACAGAGGCAAUCUCUUCAGGAAGAGCUCCAGCAGAGUGUGUCGAGGGUGCAGUUCUUGGAGUCGUCCACUGUGGGGCGCAGCAUCGUCAGUAAACAGGAGGCGCGUGUAUGUGACCUGGAAAACAAGUUGGAGUUUCAGAGAGGGCAAGUCAAGAGGUUUGAGGUGCUGGUGUUGCGUCUGAGGGACAGCGUGGUUCGCCUGGGCGAGGAGCUGGAGCAGAGCGCCCAGGCUGAAGCUCGAGAGAGAGAGAACGCCCGCUACUACCUGCAGCGCCUGCAGGACAUGAGGCUGGAGAUGGAGGAUCUGACUCAGAGCGAGCAGGACAGCAGCCGCAGACGCAUGGAGCUGGAGAUGCAGGUGGAGGAGCUCUCCGCCGUCAGACAGGCGUUACAGGCCGAUCUGGAGACGUCCAUCCGCCGUAUCGUGGAUCUGCAGGCGGCGCUGGAGGAAGUGGAGUCGAGCGACGAGAGCGACACUGAAAGUGACUCGGUGUCCAGCGUCGGCUCUAUCGGGACGGAGGAUGUCGGGGAGGGGAUUCGUCAUUGGCUGGGAGUUCCUAGAGGAGGAUCCCGUGGCGGUGGCUCCGUAUACAGCGGUAGCACCAUCAGCGGGGGGCGGCAGUCUGUCGCUGACACCAUGAGCACCUACAGCUUCCGUUCUUGCGUGGACCCUGAUGAAGAAGGCUUUGAGGCUGGAGGAGCCGCUUCCAGAGGUCCCAGUCGAGCCCCGUCCUCCUCGGCCCUCUCCGAGCUGCUGGACGGACUUCGCAAGCGCAGAGCUGGCGCCGAUACGGCAGACGGAGCUGGCAGCACCAUCUCCCUGCCGAUUUAUCAAACGACCGGAGCUUCCACCCUCAGACGCAGAGCCUCCGCGCUCUCCCUCAGUCCAGACAACCUCCAGGAGCCCCGACCCGGCCCCAGCAUCCUCAAACCGCCCUCCCCGCGGCUGCCUCGCGCCGCCAGUGCUCGCUCCGUCAGCGACGCUCAGGCGUCUGCAGCGGCCUCCGCAGCCGGAGCCAAACUCUCUCGCUUCAACUCCAGCGACUCCCUCUCGUCGAUGCCCUCCCUGCCGCGCCUCUCCUCCUUGGCGUCCUCCCACGUCUCUCGUACCUCCCUGUCCAUCCCGGAGGAGGACUCGUUGGAACCGUUGCAGCGCUCCCCUCAGGCGCCGAGGCGGUGCAUGCUGGGGAGUUUAGUCACAGAGGACGGAGGUGAAGCUUCUCUGGGUUCAGAACCCAUGGUCUUCCAAAACCGCCGGCUGACCAGUGAUAACCGUGACGACGCAGCCUCCGACAUCUUGCCGGCCAUCCGGAGAGCUCAGUCCACCAGCAGCCUGGCCAGCUCCAUCAGAGGAGGCAGGAGGGCGCUGAGCGUCCACUUCGGAGAGCUGCCUCCUUCCACCCGGAGCAGGAAAGGCUCUGAAACGGAGUCCUCCAGCUCAGGUGGAUCAGGAGGAAGUUCUCAGGGUUCAGGAGGGUCAAGACGCAGGUUUGACAGGCCGCAGGGGGAAAGGCUGGAGGCAGAAGGCAGUGAGGGAGGAGACGUGGCUUCAGUCAUGAAGAAAUACCUCAAGAAGGAGAUUGACUGAGCCAGAUGAGCCUCUUUGUGUGUCCGUGUCCAGCUGCGAGCUUCACAGACAGACUGAGAGGACUUGUAGAGCUGCAAUCAAGGCUGAAUCAGAUACUUCAAAAGUCAACAAGGAUGUUUUUUUGUUUUUUUUUUGACUCUACAUACAUAUUGAUAUUAAAGCCACUGAAGUACAUUUGUCCACAAGCACUCAGUCAAACUGUAUUUUCAGAAAAAAACAUUGUUUGUAUAUGAAUAAAGAAUGAGUUGAACUUU